ACUGACACACAGAUUCUCGAUUUGCAUAGUAAUUAGACCGGCUUGUUGUUUGUUUACACAAAUCUCCCAGAGACCAUGUCGACCACAAAAUUCAGAGAAGCUUCGCCGUAUACCAAAACGGCAACCAUGCUACCCACAGAGGAUUACCUCUACCACAAGUACAUGGAGAACGUGGCGAUGAAGAAGGAUACGCGUCAACCGCAAUUGAGGCUAGCCCUCUUCGGAGUUGGCCGUGCAGGAACCAUCCAUCUCAGCAAUAUCGUCUCCAACCCGCGUGCCAAACUGAUGUACAUCGUCGACGAUAUGGAGAGCAACUGGCCCAAGCUCAAAGACUACUGGCACCUGAACGACGUCACCUUCCUGAACAGCAAGCAGGCCACCAAGGUCUUCCAGGACCCCAAUGUGGACGCAGUCAUAAUAGCUAGCCCAACAAGCACCCACGAGAUGAUCGUGAAGCAGGCACUGGAAGCUAAGAAAGCUGUGUUCUGCGAGAAGCCGGUUGCCGAGGACCGUCAGAACAUUCUCAAGUGCUAUGAAAUCGCCAAGAAAGUUGGAAAACCCCUCUUCAGCGCCUUCAAUAGACGCUUCGACCCCAGCAACGCUGCUGUCCAUCAAAGAGUACAGAACGGCGAGGUCGGACAUGUUCAUAUAAUCAAGACUGUCUCCAGAGACUCUCCUCUACCACCGCUUGAGUACAUAAAGCACUCUGGUGGGAUCUUCCACGACUGCAUGGUCCAUGACUUCGACAUCAUCACCUGGCUGCUUGGCGAGCUGCCCAACAAGGUCACCGUCCAGGCCUACUCGCACGUCCCAGAGAUCAAGGCCAUAGGAGACUAUGACACAGUGAUGGUCAUGCUCAACUUCCCGUCCGGUACCAUGGGAAUGUGCGAUGUGUCCCGCACCAGCAGCCAUGGUUAUGACCAGCGAAUGGAGGUCUAUGGUCCCAAGGGAAUGAUCACGAUCGACAACCAUCGUCCAGUGCAUGGUGUGACCGUACAACGUGGUCAUCAGGGUACCACACAGGCGCGUAUGUUCCACUCUUUCUCGAGCAGAUACCAUGAAGCCUACCAAAGGGAGUUGGACCACUUCAUCGACGUGGUCUUCGGAACAGCGCAGAUGUCCGUGCAGCCGAAACAGACCUUGGCGGUCAGCAAGAUUGCCAAUGCGUGCGAAGAAUCCGCCAGAACUGGCAAGCCUGUGGAGCUGCAUUGGUCGCCCGAAGAGAUACCUGAAUUCUGAAGAAUUAUGACUGAACACUAUGUAUGUGUACCUAUACCCAGAUACAAUAAACGAUAAUUAUAAAUUCUCAUUCGAAA